UUCGUGGCAACCCUGGCAUUCCAGGAUCACCGGGAGAGAGGGGACCCCCAGGUCCACCGGGCAUGCCAGGGCAGAAGGGGGAACGUGGUAAGAGAGGCAGGAAUGGAUCCACUGGGCCAGCAGGACGUCCAGGGCCCCCGGGAAAACAGGGGAUCCGAGGCCUACCCGGGACCAAUGGCAACAAGGGGGAGAUUGGCCUCGGUGUGGCAGGUGUGAGAGGUCCCCGUGGACUGCCAGGCCCCGGGGGGGAGGAGGGCAUUUCAGGAGUCCGAGGCCCCACUGGCAUGAUGGGUCUGAAAGGCCUGCCCGGAGCGAAAGGAGAAAGAGGUGAUCGUGGCCUCCUGGGACCCAAGGGAGAAAGAGGUGACCCCAUUACUAUUUUUGGACCUCAAGGCUAUAAAGGCAACAAAGGAGAUCUGGGUGAACGGGGCCUGCCAGGCUUUGAUGGAGACAAAGGCGAGAAAGGGGAAGAUGGGCCUGCAGGAGAUAAGGGGGUCAAAGGCGAGGCAGGUGCGAAAGGGGCCAUAGGGCUGUUCGGCGCGAGAGGACCAGUGGGGCAGAAGGGAGAACCCGGAGAACAUGGCCUGCCUGGAUUUGCUGGCAUGGCUGGCCUUGAUGGGAAGAAUGGAAUCAAAGGAGCUAAAGGCGACAGAGGUCUGCAGGGUCAAAAGGGGGAACCGGGAGUGAAAGGUGAUCCUGGUAUAUCUGGAGACCUUGGACGGAAAGGAUCUAAGGGCUUACGUGGUUUUCCCGGGCGGAUGGGUAGCCCUGGUGCAGAUGGAAUAAAGGGUGAGAUUGGCAGCCCUGGAAAACCAGGGAUACCAGGGUCAGAUGGACUGCUUGGGCCAAAGGGUGAGCAAGGAAUGUCAGGUGCAGAUGGCCCCAGAGGAGUUUCUGGGGAGAAAGGAGAAAAGGGGGCCAAAGGAGUUCCUGGCUUGGGCGGAUUUAAAGGGCAGGUUGGAUUGCCGGGGAAGAUUGGUGUGACUGGACCACCUGGAUCUCAAGGACCACAGGGUGACCCAGGACCACAGCUUAUGCAGGCACAGGGGACCUCACUCAGGCUCAACUCCCUUCAGAACAUGCAAGAGAAGAAAGCAGUACUACUCCACACAGAAGGGGUGUCCCAGGGCUUGGCUGAGCACGAGAGAAGGUAG